UCUUGGGCAUCCAAUUCGAGCCCUCAGGGGCUUUGGCCGAAAGCUCCAUCGGCAAUGUCGCGAUCCUCACACAGGAAGGGGUGCUACGCACACCCCCCUUCGAGCGUAUACUGGCCGGCACCACCGUGAAAAGGUUGUGGGAACUGGCCGUAGAUUCGUUACUCCCGCAAGGUAGGCGUGUCGGGAGCGGUAUGUUUCCACAAGAUUGGACUUUUGAAGCAGUCUUCCUUCUAUGCCCGCCCCCUUAAGUCCUGUGCUCCCCCUUAUUGUUCUCUUAUCACCGCACACAGGCAUCGUGUCUG